ACGAUAACCUAAAAGGGGACUGCUGGAAGAUCACUUGCUCGAAACAAGCUCAAACUCAUCCACCAUGGCUCCCUCCGUCUCCGAGGCAGGCCCUGUGGCGCCGCUGCCCACCAAGGCAGGCCCCGAAAGCCAGUCGACCGCGCGCUACCAGAGCAUCGCGCGGAACCACAUUGCCCCUGCGCUUGGCCGGCUGCGCGACCAUGUCUUUACGUCGGGCCGCGGGCUGCGCGUCGAGACGAGCGACGGCCGCUCCCUGCUCGACUUCACUGCGGGCAUCGGCGUCACCUCGCUGGGCCACUGCCACCCCGCAGUGACAGAGGCCAUCGUCAAGCAGGCCUCGGCGAUCGUCCACGUGCAGUGUGCCAUUGCGCUGAGCGAGCCAUACACAGACCUCGUCGAGCAGCUCGUGGGCAUGAUGCCGUCGCCGAGCCUGGACAGCUUUUUCUUUUGGAACUCGGGCUCCGAGGCCAACGAGGCGGCCAUCAAGAUCGCACGCGCCCACACGCGACGCAACAACAUCGUCGUCAUGCAGGGCGCCUACCAUGGGCGCACAUCGGGCGCUGCGGCCCUGACGCGAUCCAAGACGAGCUUCUUUGCGCGGUCGGGCCCGCUGAUGCCCUGCGUCUUCACUACCGCCUUUCCCUACUGGCAUGCGCUGGGCGUGCCUGCCUCGACGCCAGAGGACGAGCUGGUGCGGCUGGCCGUGCACCAGCUCGAGCAGACGCUGCAGCAGCAGAGCGCGCCAGAAGAUACAGCCGCCAUCUUCAUCGAGCCCGUCCUGGGCGAGGGCGGCUACGUGCCUGCGCCGGCGUCCUUUAUGCGUGCGCUCCGUGGCGUGUGCGACCGGCACGGCAUCCUCCUGGUUGCCGACGAGGUCCAGACGGGCUUCGGCCGGACGGGCCGCACGUUUGCCGUCGAGCACAGCGGCGUGACGCCCGAUGUCAUGGUGUUUGCAAAGGGCUUUGCCAACGGCAUGCCCCUGUCGGGCGUCGUCACGCGCCGCGACAUCAUGGCCAGCAUGCCCGCGGGCUCGCUUGGCGGCACGUACUCGGGCAAUGCCGUCGCAUGCGCCGCUGCCCUGGCGACGACGCGCUACAUGCAGCGCCACGACGUGCUUGCGAAUGUCAAUGCGCGCUCGGCGCAGCUGUUCGCGGGACUUCGCACCUUGCAGAGCGAGCUUCCCGAUGUCAUUGUCGAUGUCCGUGGAGCCGGGCUCAUGGUGGCACUCGAGUUCACCCAGCCGGGCACCAACAAGCUCGUCCAGGACGCGUGCUACGACCGCGGCCUCGUCGUGCUCACCACGUCCAUCUACCCCGUCCUGCGCUUCAUCCCCGCGCUCGUCGUCGACGAGGCCGAGAUGGCCGAGGCCCUCGCCAUCAUCCGCCAGUCUGUCCUCGCUGUCGUGGCCGCCGCUAUCUGAACUCAAUUCCACUUCUGCUAGCCACUCUUCAUAUCUCAGCCGCUUUUCAUUUCAUAUUUUGCCUAUUUCG